AUGUUAAAUUUGUGUACAUUCGUACUCAUUUUCUCAACAUUCAUAACUCUUCAAGUUCCUUUUAGUUUUGUUACAGCUUCAAUUAAUCGUUUUUGUUCUGUAGUAUAUUAUAAUAAGAAUCUAUUCAAAACAAAACAAUGGGUUUCCAUUUGUAUUGUAUGUCAAUGGAUAUUUGGAGCUCUUAUGACAUUACCGAUUUUAUUAGGCGUUCAGCCGUAUUGUAUUACUUCACAAUGGGUAGAAAUAUAUAAGUUGAUAUUUAUUGUCAUAGUUCCAUCAAUUGUUUUUCUUAUUGUUAACAUUCUUAUAUAUAUUACUAUUCUAUCAUCAUCUCAUCGUGUUCGUCCACGUUCAAUUUCCAUAACAGAAAACAAUUCUGCGAAUGUUCGACAGGAAAGAAUUAGCCGACGCGAUAUUCAUCUACUUCGGCAUAUGAUUCUAAUGUUUUCAAUCUUUGUUGGAGGAUGGACUCCAUUAUAUGCACUUUUUGCUAUUCAAAGUCAGGUUUUUGCCAAUACAAUUCUAUCUCAAUGUUUUACAAUUUGGUGCCAAUUAGCUUUUUUAUGUGACAUUAUCGAUCUUUAUUUCGUUUUUCUUCUGGCUUUUCUUGCUUCUAUUAGUCUUGCAUUACUAAUCUUAGGUUGUGCAUUGACCCAAUACAAUUGGUGGCCAACAUUUAUGAUUAUAUUUUAUGUACUUUGUCCGAUUCCAUUAGCAAUUGGACGUCGAUGUACAUCGGAUAGUUAUAGUAUGCGUGAUUCAAGUUCAUGUACAGAUUUAAUGUGGUUAAUAACAAGUGUUAUCGUUAUUUCUGCAUUUGAUUUACCAGCAGUUAUGUGUCGAGCAGCUGUUGUAAGUAAAAAUUAA